CGUGGUUGUGUGUCAGUUUCGCUGAGACCCGCGGUCGAUGCCGGUUAGGAGGGGGAUGGGCGCCACUGCGAAUGUUGAGGACCUGAGAUUCAGAGCCUUGUAACACAUAGAGCUGCACAUCUCCCUUUAUAAACACCGAUUGUAAAUAAUAUAAAACACCAUAAUAAACGAAUUUAAGCAACGGGAGUUGCAGAUUGACUUACUGGGGAAGUAAUGUGUCCACGUCAGGACAGGGAAUAAAAGUUAAAUACCUUGCGUAAGGGGCACUGAGAAGUCCAGUGGGUACCCUGCAAAGGGAGCUUCCUUUGAGCUCACGGCUUGCAGGAAACACCGAGGUCCGAAGAGGAGGCCUACUUUUGUGAUUCGCCUCGAUGUUGGAUUAAUAGUGGAUCUGAAAUCCCAAGAAGAGGCAUUUCGAUUUGAACUGGGGUGAAAUGUCCUACUAGGUCUCCUCAUGUCCGUGAGACACUGGCUGUGGCACUGCGGCACCCCACCGGUGGAGUGGUCUGUCGCUGCGAUUUGGACCCCGUGAUCCCCUCUCCUCCCCCCCUCUCCCCCCACCCCCCCUCCCCCUUCCCCCUCCCCUCAGCGCCGCUCUGCUGGACGUCAUGAGCAUAGUAAUCGCGCUGGGAGUCACCACACCCGAAACGUCCUACUCCGACAUGGCUGCCGGAUCCGACCCUGAGUCAGUGGAAGCAAGCCCUGCCGUGAAUGAGAAAAACUACUCCAACCACAGCUGUGGGAGUGCACAGAACCAUGGCUACCGGGGACUACCCUACGCUGAUCACAACUAUGGCGCACCCCCUCCUCCGACCCCGCCCGCCUCCCCCCUCUCCCAGACCAUCAUCCCCCGCGUGGAGCUCAAUGGCGUCAUGUGCUCACGUUACCACGACGACAACUCCGCCGACAGUGACAGCUCCUCGGACGAAGAGGGGGGCGUGGCCAGCUGGUGCCCCUGCAGCCUGAGGCAGGAUGGCUUCCUCAUCAAGUGUGAGAACUGCAGGGGCUUGGACCGAAGGAAAGGGGUGGAUACACCGCGCAGAAAACCCGAAAACGUGUCCGUCGGGGAGAGCAGCGCCACGGAGAGCGGGGACGAGGAGGUGUCGCCAUCCACCGUGUCCUACACCGCCACCCAGCACACGCCGACCAGCAUCACCCUCACCGUCAACCGCAUCAAGAGGAACAAGCCCAAGAAGAGGAAGAAGAGCACCGAGAAGGCCCGCAGCGCCCCCAAGGGCAAGAAGAUCAAGGCUUUCAGAGAGGGUUCCAGGAAGUCCAUGAGGAUGAAGAACUCCACCACCGAGGCCAGCACGCUGGACGAGAACACGGCCGAGGGCUGGGAGACGAGGAUCAGGCAGUGGACGGACCAGUACGAGGAGGCCUUCGCCAACCAGUACAGCGCCGACGUCCAGACGCUGCUGCAGCUCCACCGCGCCGCCAGCAAGGCCUCGGAGGGAAAGGCGCCCACCGGAGCCGCCAUGGACACCAUCAACCGCACCGAGCUGGCCUGCAACAACACCGUCAUCGGCUCGCAGAUGCAGCUGCAGUUGGGCAGGGUCACUCGGGUGCAGAAACACCGGAAGAUUCUGCGCGCCGCGCGGGACCUGGACCCCGACACUCUGAUCAUCGAGUACAGGGGGAAGGUCAUGCUCAAGCAGCAGUUUGAGGUCAACGGACACUUCUUCAAAAAACCCUACCCUUUCGUACUGUUCUACUCCAAGUUCAACGAGGUGGAGAUGUGUGUGGACGCCCGGACGUUCGGCAACGACGCUCGCUUCAUCAGGAGGUCCUGCACGCCCAACGCUGAGGUGCGACACAUGAUCGCUGAGGGCAUGAUCCACCUGUGCAUCUACGCUGUGACUCACAUCACCAAGGACUGUGAGGUCACCAUCGGGUUCGACUACGAGUUCAACAGCUGCAAUUACAAGGUGGACUGCGCGUGUCACAAGGGGAACCAGAACUGCCCGGUUCAGAAGCACAACCUGAGCCCCCCGGAGCUGCCCCUCCGGCCCCCCUCGCUGCCCGCCCAGCCUGGGGCGGAGACGCGCCGCAGGAAGGCCCGGCGGAAAGAGCUGGAAGGGGGCGUGUCCGACGACAGCAACCAGCAGCCCGAGGACCCCGCCGACGCCAAGGCAACCAGCGACACCGAGGAGAGAGACUGCGAUGGGCUGAAGCUGGAAGAUGGGGAGGAAGCGGAGCUGGAAGAGGGUGGAGCUCUACUGCAGAGUAGGCGGACCCGUGAGGAUCAGAAGGCAGAGGCCAUCAUGCACGUGUUUGAGAACCUGGAGAAGAGGAAGAAGAGGUCGUCUCAGAGCCAGGGCGCGGCGGCUGAGGAGCCCAAACAGGAGGGCCAGGAGCUGGAGGAGGACAGGGCCUCGCCCACCGGGUCCCACACUGCCCAGAGCGGGGGGGUUGGAGUCAGCACGCGGCGAGCCUCCUACAUCACCGAGGUACCGCCCACAGAGCUGGAGAAAGCGCCCUCCACGCCCGCCGCCUCCAAACCCGCCCCCGCCAGGUCCUCCAAGCCCCGGCCCAAGAGCCGCAUGUCCCGGUACCGGUCCAGCUCGUCCCAGCGCGCCCGGCGCCAGAGGCAGGCCCUGGCCCAGCAGGCGGCCGAGCAGGGCCAGGGCGUGGCCGAGGAGGGGACCGCGGGGGCCGCGGCCACGGAGCCGGGGGUGGGGGAGGGGGCGCUCGGCGGGGGGCAGCCCCUCGACACGGACGGGCUGGGAGGCAUGGCCGCUGGAGCCCUGGGAAACAAAGCCCAGCUUCGGUACCCUAAAACCAAGAAGUAUCUGGUGACGGAGUGGCUGAACGAUAAAGUUCUGGAGAAGCCGGAGUGUCCGGUGGACCGGCCCCUGCGCAUCACCACGGACCCCACGGUGCUGGCCACCACCCUCAACAUGCUGCCGGGCCUGUCCCACUCCCCCCUCAUCUGCACCACGCCCAAACACUACGUCCGCUUCGGAUCCCCCUUCACCCCCGAGCGCCGCCGCCGCCCCGUCAGCGUGGACGCGUCCUACGGCUCCUUCAAGAAGCGGUGGAUCAAGCAAGCGCAGGACGAGAGCACCUCCUCAGCCAACGCCGAGGACGGGACGGAGUCCAACUGCUCGCACCAGAGCAACAGCAGCGGCCACAGCACCUCCAACCCCUUUCAGACCGAACUGACCGCACCUUACAAGAAGCGGAAAUCGAAGUACGCCUCGGAGCCACCGCCACUACCCUCGGCUGACCUACUGCGGCCUCUGUCCCCCAUCACGCCGCCCCUGACCUCCGACCCCACGCACCCGCUGCUGGCCUCCUCCUGCUCCCUCAUCCUGGGCACCGAGGACGAGAGGCACAAUGGCUACAGCCUCCCCUACUCCCCCCAGCGCUCGCUGUCCACCAGCCGCUGCAACACCCCGCUGCAGUUCGAGAACAUAUCCUCUCCCGAGGGCUCACCUGUACACAGACCCGAGUCUCUCUCUCCUGAGCCCUGCUUGUGUCCAGACUAUGACGUGCAGCGCCCGGCGUACCCCGACCCCCCGCUGCCCGCCGGCCUGGAGAGCCCCGCCCUGCCGGCCUGCCCGUUGGCCGAGGACUUUGCCCCGGUAACCCCGGAGCCCCCCGGGGCCGCCCCACUCCCGCCGGCGGUCGCCACAGCGCCCCCCGAGAGCCAGGCCAGGGAGCAGGCCUUCCGCACCGAGUUCAACCUGAUCUACACCUGCUCGCCGCUCAACGCCAACCUGGGCGAGGGGCUGUCCGCCCGCGGGCCCACGGCCGACCGCCGCCCGUCGCAGUCGGAGGCCGGCGGGUUCUCGCCCGCCGAGCCGUUCUUCGGCGGGAUGGGCGGGCAGGGCCUCCUCUCGGACGCCGUGGCCGGCUCCCUGUCGCCCUACGCCGAGCCGCACUACAGCGGCAGCUACCCCGACCACGGCACGCCCCCGCACCCCAGCAACCCGCCGCAGAAAAAGAAGGUGUCUCUGCUGGAGUACAGGAAGCGGAAGCAGGGGGCGAAGGACCCGGAGGUAGGGGGCUCGCUGGGCACCCCCACCCGGCCCAGCGUGUUCGGCAGCAGCGCAGACUCCCCCGGCGGGCCCCGGGCCCUCCUGCAGCCCCCCGCCUCCCCGCAGAGCUGCUUCUCCUCCCCGCCGCACCCCUCCGCGCCCCAGAUCGAGGAGGUCAGCCCGCCCGACCACACCCUGGCCUCCCAGAGCGUGGGGGCGCUGUCCCGGAGCCAGGACAGCACCAGCCACUGGAUGGUGCCCACGUCGGUGGAGAGGCUGCGGGAGAACCAGGGCGUGCUGGAGCGCGUGCUGAGGGGCGGCCUGAAGAUGGAGCGCAUGCUGAAGCGGGAGGGCGCGGCCAGCGACAGCAGCCGGGACAAGGACUCCGACUCCAUCGACGGGGACUUGUGCGAGGUGCAGUCAGUGUCCCGCACCAUAACCUCCCCAGUGAAAAGCCCCCAAAGAUACAGGCACAGCCCCUCUGUGUACCAACACCAGUCGAUGCUGUUGGAGAGCCACCAGCAGGGGGAGCCGGCCGGGUUCAUCCAGCACAGCGCCUCCUCUCCGUUUCGCGGCUCCUACAGCCCCUCCGCCCCCUCCCCCGGGCAGGGCUUCUACCCCCGCCUCUCCUCCCUCCCCCCGAUCGCCCAGGAUCCCUCACUGCGGCAGUCGCCAAGCCCCUCCUCCUCCUACCCCAGCCACGCCCCCAGCGGCACGGUCGGCCCCUCGGCGGACCCGGCCCUGUGCGGAGCCUCCAGGCAGAUAGGGGGCGCCCCGUCGGGGAGCAGCAGCGCCGGGGGUCUGGGCAUGGAGGGGCUGUACGGCGGGAGCCACCUGAAGGCCAGCCUGCUGAACAGCGGGACGCCCGUAUCGAGCGGCUCGCUCUCCAGGUCCCCCCUGCUGGCUCAGAGCAACCCCAAAACAGACCCCAGCGCCGGCACCGGGGGCAGCCCCGUCCCCCACGCCUCCCGGGUGCCCCAGCAGCCCGCCGUUCGAACCUUAAGCCCCAGCAGCCCUGGGACCCGACUGCUCCCGGCCCCCAGCACCCAGCCCUACCCACAGCGAGGGGCCCCCAUCAGCCAAUUUCAGCACACCCAGAUCCAGGGAUCGGGGGUACGGACACAGUCGGGAAGCUAUUAGGACCCAACCCGGAGGAGCCCUUUCCGGGCUAGUGUACAGACUUAAGGAACAAGGACUUGGCUUUAAAACCAGGACCCUUUAUUAUUCUCUUUCUACUUUCUUUCUUGUACCGAAACAAAAAAAUAAUAAUAAUUCAACUACAUUCUACACACGGCCCCUAGCGGGUCUUGACAUCAUCACGGAAUUCGAAGUGAAAAUAAAUAGACAAAUACAUAAGAAGGAAAAAAAAAAAAAAUCAUGUAGAAUUUUUAAAUUUCCCUUCAGUCCUCAUAAGUAUGUACAGAAACAUGUUCGUGCAGGAUACAUAAACGACAAACUUGAGUACCUGUAACAAGUAUCAGUACCUGUUGUUUUGGUACUUCUAAAGUGAUCAUGGUAAAAACACAAACUGUAUUAAAUGUAUGAUUUAUUAGGUUAUUGUAUGAUUUGGGUUUCAACCAAGUCAGUCCCACAGUAACAGCCAAUGUUUUAUUUGUAAAUUUGAAACGUUAAAGGAAAUAACGUAUAUUUGUAUCAUCCCUUAAGACGAUGCGGGCGGAACAGGGCAAAGGAUGUUGAAGAUUGGCUUUCUGAGAAGAUCAUUCCAUGAGAUUUCCACUUUAAUUUCCUUUUUUUUCCUCACGUGUAUAUCAUAAGAAUCUGGAGUCAGGAUCUGUUUUUUUUUUUAUUGAUCUUUUAUUUCACUUGUAACUAUUCUAGGCUUGUUAUGUUGUACUUGACUCAUACAGAUCUUAUAAUCCAUGGUGCUGCAGUCUUUUUUAUUUAUUUUUUUUAUCCAUCACAAUGUUCCCCACACGUAGUAAGAAUUCCUUCACAUCUCUGUAAUUGGAAACGGGACUCGUUGGUAGUGGAGUCGUGAUUGUUGCAAACCUUCUGUGUGCUGGAAUGCAGGGAGAGAGCGAGGUCAAAACCAGCAAAAAAAUAUAUAUAUUGCUUCAGAGUUUUAUUAUUGUUUGUUUGUUAUAUUGUUUUUUAUUAUUAUUGAAUCCUGUAGGAUUUUUUUGCAGAAAUGUUGGAGAAUUAUUGAGAGUUUCUCUUUCUCCCCUCGGAUCAGCCCCUUGCAUUCCGCACACAGCCUGCCCAACGGAGAAGAACGGCGUAGGAGGAUGGCUGUUUUUUUUCUUUAGUUUUUUUUGUUUUGUUUUUUUUUUUGGUGGAAAAGCUGCUGUGUUUUCCUCAUAUUUGUGUUUUACACAAGUGCUGCUUCAAAAAAAAAAAAUGUUUUUCAGUUUCCACAUAAUGCUGUACCUCUGUUAGGUUUCUCACCAAUCGAGUAAAUGAAAGAAACACAGAGAGGUCACCCAAGUCGCGUGCCAUGACCGUUACCGAGAGACAAAAAAACAAAACAAAACAAAAAACCAUCAAGAACUAUGUAAAGCGAAGUGGUCAAUGGCUGAACCAGUCAACCAACUCCUCUCCCACUCCCUAUCCCCUCCCCAAAGAAGCGACCGUGGACAAAGGACUUUUUCUGACUUGUUUGGAACGGGAACAACUCGAGUACAGUAUCUGCCAGAGGAAUACAGUUGGUCUCACCCGCCGAUCACGUGGGUUCUUGGAAGGCCAGAAAACUGACAGGUGGUCAGCUGACUUAUCACAUGACCUUUCCCUCUGCCUCACAUAACAGAUGUAAGGGUACUCACGGGUUACAUGAAUGUUCCUCCUAAUGGAAGACUUCAAGAAAACUUGUGACCCAAAAUACCAGCACCUUAAUUAAAAAGCAAACAUUAUGUAUGAUCAUGUGUACUUGUAUAAAAUGUGUUAUAUACUGUACCAAGAAAAUAUAGUACACUAAAUUCGCAGCAUGAUUUUCUUUUCAGUCUGGCUAUUGGUGGAGAGCUGAGGUUUGGAUCUGUGCAAAGUGAUUGCAAUUAUUUUGGUUGAUCUUUUGGUCUGUUAUUGGUGUACUGACAGUUUAAACUGGAUAACUGCAUUUUAAAUUUUAAAUAAGGUUAAUUCUUUUUACACAACAGGCAUAGAUAUAACCAGCUGUUUGGACCUUCUGAAAAAGAGAAAUCCAGAGAAAAGAUGUUCUACGUUUUGAUAAUAAAAUACUCAUGAUAAUGACAUUAUGAAAAG